CCGUCUACCUCCAGAUCUCCGGAGACCCCUCCCCACUCCCAUCCCCGCGCCGCUGACCCCCGCUCCCAUUCCCCCCACCCGGCGGCGAGUAAGCAGAGGCGGGGCUGCCCGCAGCGAACCCUAGCCGCCGCCCGCCCGCCUCCAGCCGGCGCCGGCGCGACGGUCGGCGGGAGAUCUCGACGAGGGAGAUCCAGCAGGGCCAUGGCCAGCUCCGGCAUCGCCUACCCCGACCGCUUCUACGCCGCCGCGGCCUACGCCGGCUUCGGCGCCGGCGCCCCUUCCACCGCCGCCAUCUCCCGCUUCCAGAACGACGUCGCCCUCCUCCUCUACGGCCUCCACCAGCAGGCGACGGUCGGGCCCUGCAACGUGCCCAAGCCCAGGGCGUGGAGCCCCGUGGAGCAGAGCAAAUGGACGAGCUGGCAUGGGCUUGGAAGCAUGCCGUCCGCAGAGGCGAUGCGUCUCUUUGUCAAAAUACUGGAGGAGGAAGAUCCUGGAUGGUACUCUAGAAUCCCUGAGUUCAUCAACCCUCAGCCUGUAGUAGAUAUUGAAAUGCAUAAACCAAAGGAAGAGCCGGACAUCGUACCGGCUUUGACAAAUGGAACUGGAACAUCAUCAAUUCCAGAACCAAAAACCAUUUCUGAAAACGGAAGUUCAGUGGAGACACAAGACAAAGUUGUUAUUCUGGAAGGUCUUAGUACUGUCAGUGCUCACGAGGAAUGGACUGCAUUGUCUGUUAGCGGCCAGCGGCCUAAACCCCGCUAUGAGCAUGGAGCAACUGUUCUUCAAGACAAAAUGUAUAUAUUUGGUGGAAACCACAAUGGCCGUUAUCUUAGUGACCUUCAGGUUUUGGAUCUGAAGAGUUUGACUUGGUCCAAGAUUGAUGCCAAAUUGCAAGCAGGAACAUCUGAUUCAGCUAAAACAGCACAAGUCUCUCCAUGUGCUGGCCAUUCUUUGAUAUCAUGCGGUAACAAAUUCUUCUCUGUUGCUGGGCAUACAAAAGAUCCAUCUGACAGCAUUACAGUGAAGGAAUUUGAUCCACAUACUUGUACCUGGUCGAUUGUCAAGACUUACGGAAAACCACCGGUUUCUCGUGGAGGUCAGUCAGUGACUCUUGUUGGAACAACUCUAGUCGUGUUCGGUGGCGAAGAUGCAAAGCGAUGUCUUUUGAAUGAUUUGCACAUUCUUGAUCUUGAAACCAUGACAUGGGAUGAUGUGGAUGCAAUAGGCACCCCUCCUGCUCCUAGAUCAGACCAUGUUGCUGCUUGCCAUGCUGACCGCUAUCUUCUAAUUUUUGGCGGCGGAUCUCAUGCGACAUGUUUUAAUGACCUACAUGUCCUUGAUUUGCAGACGAUGGAAUGGUCGAAACCCAAACAGCAGGGCCCGAUUCCAAGCCCACGAGCUGGUCACGCAGGUGCAACUGUUGGAGAGAAUUGGUACAUUGUUGGUGGUGGCAAUAACAAAAGUGGUGUCUCCGAAACACUUGUGCUUAACAUGUCAACUCUGGCAUGGUCGGUUGUUAGCACUGUAGAAGGGCGUGUUCCUCUUGCCAGUGAGGGCAUGACUUUAUUGUAUAGCAAUUAUAGUGGAGAAGAUUAUCUCAUUUCUUUUGGAGGAUACAAUGGACGGUACAGCAAUGAGGUGUAUGCUCUUAAACUUAGUGUAAAGUUAGAUUUGCAGUCGAGCACAAAGGACCAACCAACCUCAGAUAGCACGUCUAGGGUGCUGGAACCUGAGGUUGAAAUUUCUCAAGAUGGGAAGAUACGGGAGAUUGCCAUGGACAAUGCUGAUUCGAAAAACAGAAAUGAUGAAGCAAAUGAACAACUUUUGGCAGCCCUUAAAGCUGAGAAAGACGAACUAGAGGCAACGCUUAACAGGGAAGGACUGCAAACUGUACAGCUUAAAGAAGAGAUAACUGAAGCAGAGGCCAGAAAUGCGGAGCUGACAAAGGAACUUCAAGCUGUCCGUGGGCAACUUGCCGCUGAGCAGUCGAGAUGUUUCAAACUGGAGGUGGACGUGGCGGAGCUGCGGCAAAAGCUUCAGAGUCUGGAUGCACUGGAGAGGGAGGUGGAGCUCCUUCGAAGGCAGAAGGCGGCUUCCGAGCAGGAGCAGGCGGCGCUGGACGCCAAGCAGAAGAAGCAAGCUGGCUCGGGCGGCGUAUGGGGCUGGCUUGUCGGAACCCCUCCAGACGACGAUGAUUCCGAGUCGUCGUGAUAGGGCAGGCAAAUUCAUUCAUUCAUGCUUCUUUCUCCUUCUUUACCCCCAUACAUAUACUAUAUAUACACAGGCAGCGAUCAGUUGGUAUACUUGCUUGUACUCUACAUUAAUUCUAUUCUACAGACAAACGUACUACUUGCCAUUUGAUGAUUUGUCCGCCCGGCAAUUUCUUCUUCUCCA